GGCACUAAGGCAGCAGAACCGACCGACGCACCGACACUUUCCCCGCGGACUGCCUCCCCUGAACACACCGGAGCCUCCCGAGGUCACAGCCGGUCUGAAGAGCCACGUGUGGCCGCAGUGUGGAGGCGACACCCCGCUGAGAGGCUGAGGAGCGCGCUGCACAGGGAUGGAUUUAAGCAGAUGAUAGCUGAACGCAUGAGAGAUGCUGCAGGAGAAAGUUCCCGCGGUGACGGAUGAAUGUAUGACCGACGGCGGUGGCGGCGAGGAGACGGAUCUCCUUCCAGACCAGUCAAGACUGGGCCUGUCCACCGCUCCCAGCAUCCCCAGCUCCAGUGAGCCCGACCAGAACAUCGAGAACAUAAAGGUGGUUCUUCAUGAGAGGGAGCUGUGGAAGAAGUUCCACGAGGCCGGCACGGAGAUGAUCAUCACUAAAGCAGGCAGGAGGAUGUUUCCAAGCUACAAGGUCAAAGUAUCGGGAAUGAACCCCAAAACCAAAUACAUCCUGCUGAUCGACGUCGUGCCAGCUGAUGACCACCGCUACAAGUUCUGUGACAACAAGUGGAUGGUGGCUGGUAAAGCAGAGCCUGCGAUGCCGGGCAGACUCUACGUGCACCCUGACUCACCUGCCACAGGAGCUCACUGGAUGAGGCAGCUGGUGUCGUUUCAGAAGCUCAAGCUGACAAACAAUCACCUGGAUCCUUUCGGACAUAUUAUCCUGAACUCUAUGCACAAGUACCAGCCCAGACUUCACAUCGUCAAAGCAGAUGAAAACAACGCGUUUGGAUCCAAGAACACCGCCUACUGUACUCAUGUCUUUCAUGAGACGGCCUUCAUCUCUGUCACCUCUUACCAAAACCACAAGAUCACACAACUGAAGAUAGAAAACAAUCCGUUCGCCAAAGGUUUUCGAGGGAGUGAAGAAGGAGAUCUGCGGGUUUCAAGACUACAGGGGAAAGAAUAUCCAGUGAUUUCCAAGAACAUGGUUCGACAAAGGCUCAUCUCCUCGCACAGCCACCUAGCAGGGAAGCUCGGGGCCGGAGUUCUCACUGGGCACCCUCAAGUCCUGUCAUCUUAUCAGUAUGAGACCGGAGUUCCUAUGUCCAGCUCGGACCCCCAGGAUCCUAUCUCCAACCACUUUCCUCAGAGCAGAGAUCCCAGCCUCCUUUACCACUGCUUCAAGCACAGAGAUAACACCCGACACCUCGAGCUUGGAUGCAAGCGGCCGUAUCUGGAUGCAUCAUCAGCCGUCUCAGAGGAGCAUUAUUUCCGUUCAGCUCCAUCUUACGAGUCGUCCUUGCUGUCUCAUCCGUACUGCAAUGAGGCGAUCAAUCCUCGAGAAGCUUGUAUGUACGGUGCAAUGGAAACAGAGUCUGGAUCUGGGGUAGGGGACGCAGACGACCUGACAAACUCCUCGUCCAUUAAUUGCAACAUGUGGGCGACAAUGCAGCCGUAUCCUCGCUACGGCGUGGAGGGAGUCCCGUACCAGCCAUUUGCUGCUCACUUCACCAACACUGCAACCGUCACGCCAGUUGUACCGCAUCCAACGUCGUCCAUGGGGUCACGACAACAGGCCGACUUAGGGGUCUUCAACUCAGCUACAGCCCAGCGAGGUCUCCCCAUUAUACCACCAUCAUCCUCCUCUUCAUCCUGCUCCCCCCCCGUUCUUGGAUCCAGAGAUAGAUCAGGCCAUCCACCACUGUACCACAAGAAGCCGGGUUCGCCACUUCGGCCUCACAGAGAUUUCUCAGCCUAUCCAACGCAAGGCACUAUAUCCAUUCGUGAUCCAUCCUAUCAGUACCAAGUGGGCCUGAGCAGCGCAGGGACUCACUGGACUGACAGCUAAUGUGGACCACUGGAGAACCAGUUUUGUCAGAUGUCCAAUAAGACAUAAUCAAGUUUCCAAAUCUAACUUCGGGUAGCGGAUGCCAAGCAAUGAACGGACAUGGUCAUUGUUGAUUUGCACUCCCAAGCCAUCUUCAUCCAUGUGUUCUCACUGAAGCUCUAUUAGGAACCCUUCACGUGGUGUACAGAGGCGAGGCUGACCUCCUCCAUACAUAGGCAGAUGUGAGGCAUAUGCACAAGCCUGUAAUCAGACAGGGUUGUUUCUAAUGCUCACACACAAACUGUCGUCUUGAGUGGAACUUAAAGGUCUAUCCGAGGGAGCUGCAGUUUCAAGAGCACAAGGGGUGUGAACACGAUGCAAAGUCUGACAACACCCUGCAUCAACAAGUCUCCAAAUAGUGUCAAAUACAAGUUGAGGGAUUUUAUUUUCAGUGUAACUAUAGAUUAAGGAAAAUCAACAGUUGCUAAUCUUGUCCUUUAAGAAAAUGAGGCGCAGAAAGAUGGAGUACGAACACAGGAUUGUUUCUCAGAGAAAACCGAGCACUGAUGGCCUUAUAACUUUUAACAUAGAGCACAUGUAAAGAAUAAGGCGGCUGUAAUUCAACAUUUCUGAUGUCAUUGUCGUUUUCAAUCAAAGCCCUUCACAAAAGGUGUUUUCCACUUCUUGGUACCUUUUUCCCUCCAUUCCUUGUCCUUAUCAAACAUCCCAAACUCAUUGGCACCAACUCAAAAUGGACUGCAUGGUAUGAUGGUCAUUGCCUAAAACCGGUUGACACUAGUUCCUUGCCAAAAUAUGUGUUUUUGUAUUUGUCCAACUAUUUUCAGUUGCUGGUAAAUGAAGCACAGAAAGUUCAGCCUGUUGUAUUUCUCUUGUUGUAAGCUCAACUUAAAAAACAAGUAUUAUCUGACUAACUCUUUAAAUCGAUAGUGACAGGGCCAGAUAUCGAAUGGUGUUUGGACUUUGGUGUUAUAACCUGAACCAGAGAAGACUGACCAAACCGUGUAAUCUCCAGAACAAGAUGGUGUACGUAGGUUUAACAGUUGAUCGUAUUUAAGAGGUUGAAGUUGCAACUUGGUUUCAAACAUGAUGCCAAUGCAGAAGCACCUUCAGUCUGAAUUCUAUAAGUUAGUCUACCAGGAAAUAACCCAAUGUCACAGCUGAUCUAUUACCCCAGAUAAAAUGUUCCUCCUUAUUCAGUCAAUAGUUUCAAGUCUUCUUCAAUAAAAGUGUUUAUUUUGUAAAUAAUGGUCCAAUAAUGAUAAAAAUAGAAGUUAAAGUGUGGUAUGCCUGUUGGAUGCGACGUCUUGUGAUUGAGAAUACCCUAACAGGCGAACUGUAAAUGAAGAUAGAUGCACAGCGGUGUGCAUCCGGUCUCUUUUCACUUCUGGCACCAAAAUAAUGAAAGCAGAAUAACAAAGUUCAAAGUGCCAAACUAUAGGCUUUAAAAUAGUGGUUCAAAAACCAUCGGAUGAUGUUGCGGAGGCUAUGCAUUGAACCUUUGCAAUGGUGUUGCAUUUUGAUAUACUGCUGGGAAUUAAUGGGUUCAUUUAAAGACGUUAUCACACGUUUGAAAAGCCAAGCUCCUCUGAAUCCUGAUUAUUUACAUGUGCCAAAAUGAGAUUUGUUUUACUUAGAUGUGUCGGGUUAAAGUGCAUUGCAAAGUGAGAUUGAUCAUGUCACAAGAUUACACACAAAGCUCACUGCUAAACACCAGGAAUAGCAGCAUCAGUCUUUACAGUGUGCAGAAAGAGGGAUAAAUGAAGUGAAAAGUUCCCCCAACAACAACAACCCAUUGUGAGAGCUGCUGGUGAACUGGUCAAUGCUAUUUGCGUGGUACAAGCACUCAUCUAAAGAAAGUCCUGGUUGUGUGUGUAAGACUGAGCCACUGUGCUGCUGGUUCGUCAAAGCUUGGCUCCGAACUCAUGAUUCCAAACAAUACUAAAAGCAAAAUGAGACAGCAAAGAACUCUCAGGCAGAACCAGAUGGGGGCUUAAAGAACUGUUGUUAAGCCAUUGCGAGCACCGGAAAAAGAGAGCUGCACACAAAUCCCACUCCCAAAUGACUUACUUGGAAAAAAUCUGCUCAAGACUGCAAAUACAAAACAGCCUGAGCGUGUAGGGAAGCUGAAGGAGGAGCGUCACACAGAGCAGAGUUUAAACUUGCAGUGUAUAGGAGAGUGUUUGUUUGUUGGAUAUGAAGCUGAUUUCUCAUGCAUUGUGUUUUGUUCCUCUGUUUGGUGUUGUCAAAUUCAGUAUGACAUUUUUUAAUAUAUUGACAUUUUUGCACACCUGAUAAAUAAACAUUU